UCCACCGCACGCCUCCUUUCUUUCUCUCUCGACGUGCGCGUUCUGCACCGCCCGAUGUAACUAUACUAUAUACGUGUCCCCGAUGUGUGUGUACUAUCAUAAAAGUAUCGUUGCUCUUUGUGGGGGUUCGCCGUCCGUCGACCAAAGUGCAGGGUACCAAGUACAGUGUGCGUAUACCUAAAAUAGUGCCUGGUUUUUCGGGGGUUGCUCUCCGAGACAUAAUAUACUAUAUACCUACUCAAUUGGCAAAAAGCACAACGGCCCUUCGUCGAGUCUCCAAGAUGCGCCAUACCCACCAAUAAUAAAUACACACGAUCUCGUCGCCAAAGCACCAGCAUCGUUGUCAUCGUAGAUUACCGAUUGACCACAUGACGCCAAAAUGAUCCCGAGGAAGAGGCUGCAGGUGCUCCUCCACGUGCUGCAGAUCUUUUACGUGUUCGGCGACGGCGAUCCCGGCAGCGAGGCCCACCACCGCCAUCACCACCACCUCCAGCAUCUGGCCGACGACAAAAACCUCAUCGACAGUCCGGAAUACACCACCGACUUUCCCCCGGCCUACCACCACAUCCAGGAGCGAGUUACUUCGCGGGAGGAGACGGACGACGGAUUAUUCGAUCUCCAGAUACCGACGAACUUUGAGGAUGAGCCCGUGGUCCCGAGGCACGACACCGAAGUCGCUGGCGAGGAAUACGCCAACAUCGACGAGGACAACUUUGACGCGGUGAACAACAUGAUCUACCAAAAUGUGGGACCUGCGCCCACGGUCGCGCCAACGAUCAUCGAAACUGUCACGAUAACUCAGACUCAAUCGACUGCCUUGAACGUCACCUGGACCGUAUCCUCGUCCGACGAGAACAACACCACCACCAGCAGCAACAAGUUUGUCGUAAACUUGUACGAGAGCGAAGAUCUCAAGGCCAACUUUAGCACGGACAACACGUACUUGUACAUCAAAGAUCUGGAGCCGUGCACGGAGUACAGGGUGGAGGUGAGCCUCGGCAAGAGCGCCAAAUCGGCCACGGGCAAGACCUCGCACGAGAGACCGAACGAGCCGCGAGACCUAAAAGUUGCCUCGGUGAAGACCGUGAACUCGAGCUCGGCACUGCAAGUCACCUGGAGCCCGCCACUGGUGGCGAGCAAGUGCGUCGCCUACUACAAGGUGAGGAUCGACAACAUCCACGAGGUGCGCGACUUGAGGGAGCUCAACACUACCGAGACGAUCUGCACGUUCGAGGACGUCUUUGCCUGCAGGACUUACGAGGUGACGGUGUUCACGUUCGCCCUGAACGGGGAGCCCGGCGCGUUUGUCAAAAACGAAACGAUCGUCACCUCACCCGAUGCCACCGAAGCUCCCCGGCUGAACGAGACGCACGUGCCGAAAGUGACCAAGGACUCGAUAGGCCUGCUCUGGAUCGUGGCGAGCGCGAAAAACAAGUGUCCGCUCAAGUCGCUCGAGAGCGAGUGCCGGUACAACGUCUCGCUGGGCAGCGGGUACAAGCUCAAGUGGAACAACCGAACGGUCGGCCUGCAAAGCCAGGACAACCCGGCAAGCGUGCCUGUGACCAUUGACGAGCUCAGCCCGUACACCCAAUACCUCUGCCGAGCCCGGGCGAUCGUCCGCGACCUGCCCUACGACCAGGCGGCCAGUCCGUGGAGCGUCAAUUACACCUCCGUCACGGCCGAGGACGUGCCCUCGGUCCCGGGCAACUUUCACCCGAGCAACAAGGAGAUAUCCAAAUGGACCUUCAAAUGGGACGAGCCCAACUACCGGCCCGGCAAGUUCCUGGGCUAUAGGAUCAAGUUCCGCUGGCAGCCCAACUACACCGUGCCCGACGACUGCGACGUCGACCGGGAGAGGAUCGUCAACAACAUCGACGGCGCCCUCACCGAGUACAGCUUGAUCAUCGAGGACGACUUUUCGGACUCUGACUUUGAGGCGGCCAUCUCCGCGGGCACCAACGCCGGUUGGAGCGACGAGGUCGUCGUCAAGGACUACAUAAUGCAACGGGGAGUGCCGGAUCAGGUGACGAGUCUGCACGUCGAGAUCAUGCCCAUGCCCAAUGAUUCGAACACUUUGGACACGGUGUUGUAUUGGAAGUUGCCGUGCAUCGCCAAGGGAUGGCUCUACUCGUUCGACGUCGGCUACAAUGGGACGAGGGAGGGCCUUCCGGUCGACUUGUUUGAGGACGUUCUCUAUUUACCUGACAAGUACGAGAAGGACCAGGUCUUUGAGUUUCACUUUGGCGAACUGAAGCCGCUCUACACGUACGUCUUCCUCGUCUCGGCGACUCUGUACGGCACCGUCGAUUCCGGGGAAACCGCAAACACCACGAUCGUUUAUCCACCUGGAAUUCCGCCUCAGCCGAAAGAGGAGUACAUAAGGUCGAUAACGCUGAACCCGCAAAAGUCGCCGCGGUCGACGAGCAAAGCCUUCGUCCUGCUGCCCGUGUUCCCCCAGGACUUUGGCGAGAUAAAGCACUACGCGGUCAUGGUGGCGGCCGCGUCCUUCAAGAACGAGUCGGCGAGGUUCGAGAUCGACGAGCGCAAAAAGUCCUGGCCCGACGUCCGCUCCUGGGAGGAGUCCAAGGAGAACAACUUUAGGAUCCCCUACCAGGCCACGGUCUCCUUUUGGAAGCCAUCCCCCGAAAGUAUCGCCGACUACGGGGACAUGAAGGCCAUCAAGUUCGAGAUAGGCGACGAUCUGAUGUGCCCCCAGGUAUCGGCAAACACCAAGGAUCGGGUGUACUGCAACGGGCCGUUGAAUCCGGACUCGUGGUACGAAGUGCGGAUGCGGGCCUUCACGGCGAGGGGAUACGCCGAUUCGGCUUCCUUCGCUAUCAAAACAAACGCCGAACUCAACGUGGGCCUGGUCUUGGGGGUGAUAUUCGGCAUCCUAUUCAUCGGCACCACAACGGCCCUGGUGCUGAUGAUCAAGCGCUGCUCGGUCAGACUGCUUGUACAGCGGAUCCUGCAGGCGACCAUAAGCGAGUCCCCGGUGCCGUCGCCGAUGACGCGCCGCAAAUUCAUGAAGCACUGCCAGCAGCUCGCCGAGAACCCGGCCAAGCUGGCCAACGAGUUCCAGCUACUGCAGACCCUCAGCGUUGAUUUGCAGAUGCCGAGCAACCACGCCUGCCUCCAGGGGAACAGGAAAAAGAACCGAUACUCCGACAUUCUACCGUAUGAUUUUUCGAGAGUCAAGCUGGAAGUCAUCGACAACGACCCUUGCUCGGAUUACAUCAACGCCUCUUACAUCAAGGGGUACUCCGGGGACGAUGAGUACAUAGCGUGCCAGGGUCCCAAGGAGGAUACAACCCUCGAUUUCUGGAGGAUGAUCGACCAGUACGACGUCAAGAUCAUCCUGAUGCUCACGCAGUUGGUGGAGAGAGGCAAAGAAAAGUGCCAUCAAUACUUUCCCAUGGCCAGGGAGACCUUCACCUACGACAAAUUUUCAAUCAAGUGCACGAGCGAACUGGAUUACAGGAACUACACGCAGCGUACCCUGGUGUUGGAAAACUUUAUGACCGGAGUCAAGCGAACGAUAACGCAUUGGCACUUCAAAGACUGGCCGGAUCACGAUGUUCCCGACGACUUUGACGCCAUGCUACAUUUCGUCCAAAUGUUCCGCAAGCAACUCAACAGCGUCAAAGGACUCGCGGUUAUUCACUGCAGUGCUGGAAUCGGGAGGACCGGGACGUUAAUUGCAAUAGACAUAUUGCUCCAAUCCCUCAAAGACUGCAGGAAAAUAGAUGUGUUCGGUACGGUGUACCGAUUGAGGAAACAUCGUUUGAACAUGGUACAACGAGAGAGCCAGUAUGCGUACAUUUACAAUUGUAUCAGACAAGUUCUCAAAAAUCCUUACUUCUCGAAAACAUAUAAACCGCCACCCAUGGAUCCGACAUAUGCUAAAGCCAAGCCACAAAAUAACGACAGAAGUGACUCUAGCACCGAUUUGGUGGAAAGUUUCGACACCCUUAAAAAAAAUAGUUUGUCCAAUUCAAUGGACUCUACGCAGCCUUUGUGUCAGUCAUCUCCGCAAGCCACCCCGAAAAUCCAAAUGAAUGUUUUAUUCGCAGGCCUAAGGUAUUGCAGAUCUACAAGUGCAAUCGAUACUCGAUCGAAUCACAAUCGAAUAGAAAAAUACAACAGCGACAACUACAUCGCUUGCGAAACAAGAGAUUCUUUUUCGACAAACAGAGAAGACAGUGCAGAAGACGAUGGAAACAGUUCAUCUAGUACAGUUUAUGAAAAUAUUGAACCAUUGAUACGAACAGGCUCUAGUCAAUCAAUUGCUGGAGCUAGUUAUAUUCCAUUGAUGAACGAUAUUGCUGAGAAAGACACCUCUUUAUAAGAUAUUCGAUUGUGCCAUCUAAAAGCUGAGAAAGGGGAUUUUGUAAUGAACUGUGUCAUAAGGAGAUGCUUUUUUUUUUAAUUCGAAAAAACUUGUACAUAAAAACUAGAAAAGAACUGAUAUUUAGCUUUUAAUGGCUAUGAACGAAUAUAAAACACAUAAGUGCCAACGGUGCCUAAGCCCCGAUUUUUUAUAACAUUUAAGAAAAACGUUAUUUUUUUAUAACAUUUACAUUACAAAAAAGGCUUUUGUAAAUAGCUCAACAAACUGUUUUUUUUUUUUUUUUAUAAGUGUUUUGGAUCAUCUACUUGCCUAUAGCCAUACCAUUGUACAUAGUAAUGUUAUAAAUUUUCAAAAAAAACCAUACUUUUAUUUUAAUUAAGUAUCACUAAAAUAAAUGCUGUGAGCUCAUAAAUGUAUAUUUUAAUUAUCAUGUAUGAAGAAAUAUUAUUCUUAUUAAUAAGACUUUUUAUAUGAUGAAAACAAUUUUGAACCAAAUAUAUUUGUGCUUUGUAAAAUUAAUAUUGCAAGCACACCAUGAAAAAUUUGAGUGGUUUUUGUUGUCCUAUCACAGUUUGUUGAUGGGCAAUGUUUUAAUGAUGUAUGAUUGUGCAAAACUAAAUUUGCAUCAGAAAGUUAUAAGGACGAGUUUAUUGUUUAAGUAAACUACUUGAAAGGAAAGAUACUGCAGUCAUUGAAAAUCGAAGAUAAAAGUAAAUGUUCCCUUGAAUAUCUUACUUAACAAAUACAAUGACAUAGUCAUAUUUUUUUAUUAUAAAUGAAAAAACAACUAGUUGGAAUCAUUGACCAAUU